UAGAAGUACAACAAUGAAGUUCAUGACUCUCUCCUCCUCGCUCAAAGUUACACUACUCCUUUCUCUCUCCUUCACUGCAACAUCAUCUCUCUCUUCUUCCUCUUUAUCCUCAAACCCGAAAUCAUCAUCCUUCCCAUUUGCUCGAUCUUCAUCUUCACCGUCCCCCAAAGCAACAGUUUCCGACUUGCUCUCUCUCCUCGGUCCCAAGAAUGCAGUCGAUCCAAUUGAAGCUCGUCACCUCUGGUCCUGCCUCAAAUUCCUUGUUCCUUUAAAUUCCUCUUAUGAAAAACAGGAAAUUUCAGUCAAACGAAGGUCAAUGGUUAGUGUUGUUGGUCAUCGCACUGAGAGUGAAGAGAAUGAAUUGAUUUGGUGGCCGCCGGCUUCGGUUUUGGAACUCGCUCGACUUUCUGUUGAUUCUGGUGGUGAUCCUUUUGUUAUUCAUCGUGCCCUAGAUCCUACCAUUAUACAUGUGCCUGACGUUGAAGGAUCAACAGAAUGUAAUUGUGUGUUAACUAGAUAUCCCUAUAGCUGGCGCUUCAUAAAUAAGGAGUUGAAUGCGUACCUUGUUUUCUUAUUUGAAAUGAUUGCAACCCGUGGUCCAAGGGUUGGACUGAAUGUUUCAUUGAGUCGCUAUGACUUUUUUCAUGGUCACCUCUUUCUUGCCAAAGACACUGGUAGACUUGGAAUAUUGUUUCAUGCUAAGGAAUACCCAGCCUAUGACAAAGAAGUCUUCCCAUUUUACAUGGGGUACUGUCAAACAGGAUCAGAUGUCACAUAUGACAGUACAAUGAACCUGCGGAAUAUUCUUUGGUUGGCUCCAAUGCCGAGCACUUCAAGUGAAGUUUGGGAUUCACCUGGUAUCUUGGUUGUUUUGGAUGCUCGUCCGGAUGGGAUUAUUUACCGAGAUCUCAUUCCUGAUUAUGUGAAAAUUGCACGGACAUUAUAUGAAGAUGAUUUUGGAGAAGUAGCUGUGGAUGUCAAUUACCUAAAUGUUGGACGUUCAUCCUCAAAUUAUCAGAUUUUCAUUUGUUAAUCGUCAUUAGGAAUUCAAGAUUCAACUACACUAGCUAAUUACUUCUCUGCGUGUAUAUUUUAUUGUUCUGUUUAUCAUGCGUAAAUUACUUGAGAGUAACUAAAUACAACAAUACAUCUUUCAAUUGUUUUUUCUUUUUUUUUCAAAAUUAUGAAAGGAUCUCUCCUAAUAAUAUCAAUGAUAAUUGCUUGUUUACACAAUAUUGCAACUUUGAUUUAUUGAUCAAGACUUUAUCCCUAUCACCUGAACAAGAAAAAUAAAACUUAUUAGUUCUCAACAUAAUUUAUAUUUAUAUUUACUAUCAAUAUCAACAAAAGAACAAUUGAAUUCAUACCUCUCAAUUUACUCCCUUACAAUUCUUUGCUUUCUUCCACGUCAACCAAAAUACUUAUCACGAAAAUCAGUCAAAGCACAUUCUAUGGUGUUAGCCAAUCUGAUAAACCAAAACGGUUUUCCCAUCGAGAGCAUAUAGUAACCCCACCACCACACCACUUGUAAAUCCCAUUACAAUGAUUUUCCACAUUGACAAUACACUUUUACCAUCUUCACUGCUUCCGAUAUUGUUCGGAGAUGGCUCAUGACUCCCUCCACACUCGGGUAAUGGUGUACCGCACAAUCUAAGAUUACCCUGGUAUGA